AUGGCCACGCGAAGCGCAGCACUCAAGGUCGACUGGGUCAAGGUGUCCAGCUCGCUGGGCCUCCGCGGCCAGACCGUUUCCUCCCUGCAGGCUUUCAAGAAGCGCAACGAAGAUGCGCGCCGGAAGAUCCAGCAGCUGCAGGAGCAGCCCACGACGAUCGACUUUGCCCACUACCGAUCGACGCUCAAGAACCAAGCCGUCGUCGACGAGAUCGAGAAGCGCUUCAAGGCCUUCACGCCCAUCACCUACGAUGUAUCCAGACAGCUGAAGGCCAUCGAUGCUUUCGAGAUCGAGGCCGUCAAGAACGCCGAGGCGACUAAGCAGGCAGUGGACCUCGAGCUCAAGGAUCUGGCUGCCACCCUGAAGAAUAUCGAGGAGGCCCGUCCGUUUGAGGAUCUCACCGUGGACGAGGUUGCCGCCGCCGAGAAAUCGAUCGACGAGAAGACCACCCAGCUUAUCUCCAAGGGCCGCUGGAUGGUGCCGGGAUACAAGGAGAAAUUUGGGGACCUGGCCAUUGUGUAA